CCUCCUCAUCUUCUUUGCUUCCAUUGCCUUUGCUUUCUUAUGAAAAAAAUAAUGGCUUCCUCUCCUCAGUCUCUUUUUCUUCUUUUUGCGACGUUGCUCUUUUUGCAGACUCUGGCAGAGGCUGCAACAUGUAGUGACUGUUUCAUUCAUUCUCGAGCGGCUUACUACCCAAAUUCUGAUGAACAAGGAACAGAUAGAGGCCAAUGCGGAUUUGGUUCAUUUGGAGCAACAAUAAAUGGCGGGGAUGUAUCAGCUGCAUCUAACCUCUACCGAGAUGGUGUUGGAUGUGGUGCUUGCUGUCAGGUAAGGUGCACCAACAGUAACUAUUGCACAGACAAAGGGGUAACCAUUGUUAUAACAGACCAUGGCUCAAGUGAUAACACUGACUUUAUUCUCAGUAGACGAGCAUUCGGUCAUAUGGCUCAAACCAAAGAUGCAGCUGCAUCGCUAUUAUCCCUUGGAAUAGUUGAUAUUGAAUAUAGACGUGUCUCAUGCAGCUAUCCAAACAAAAAUAUAACAAUCAAAAUUGAUGAGAACAGCAACUAUCCUCAUUAUCUGGCUUUUGUCAUAUGGUAUCAACAAGGGAAGAGGGACAUUACUGCCGUGCAGCUAUGUGAGACGCAAAAUUUUGUCUGCAAACUUUUGGACAGGAGUUACGGAGCCGUAUGGACGACCACUUCUCCCCCUAGUGGACCUCUGUCAUUGAGGAUGCUGUUCAGUGGUGAGGAUGGAGAUGAGACCUGGGUUGUUCCUGUUAACAACAUACCCCAUGACUGGAAAGCUGGAGAAACAUAUGAUACAGGAGUACAAGUGGAUGUGUAGUUAUAUGAGCUACAUUUUUUUUUUUUUUGAAGUCCCUAUAAAUCCUUAGAUGUAGCUCUGCAAUGUGUUUCAUUUUAUUCAUUAUAUCCGUUUUUUUUUUUUUUUUUUUUUGUAAUUUCAAGAAGGGGAUAGAACUUAAUAAAAGAAGUUCAUGAAUGUAAUCAUUUCAAUGUU